AUGACACAGUAUUGGACUCCUCACUGUGAAGAUGAAAUCAAACCAGCAGUAGACAUGAUUUUUAAAACAUUGGAUGCUGGUAUUGAAUUCUACAAUCAUUAUGCUGCCAAAGUCGGGUUUGACACGAGGUCUAGUUCCGUCGUUACAGCACGUGACGGGACAAAAACUCAAAAGCAAAUCAUUUGCAAUAGAGAAGGAUUUAAGAAUACAGGAGCUCAACAUUGUCACUCGCAGUCAAGUGCAGAUGCAGGGGAAGGUCCUUCCCGUCCAAAGCGGCGAAGGGUUUCAAACAGAACUGGCUGCAGAGCUAGGAUUAUAUUUAAGUACAUUGGAGCAGCUGGGUACCAAGUUACAACUUUUAUUGAAAAACAUAAUCACAGCAUGUCUUCGGUUCUGGCAAGGCAGUUUCUAAAGGGAAAUAAAAACAUCUCCAGUGUUCACCAGAAGUUUAUACUCGACUGCGCUAAAGCAAAUAUUGGAGCAUCAAAAUCACACGGUUUAUACAGUUAUAUUGUGGGGGAUUACUCUGAAGUUGGGGCGACUGUAGUUGACUUUAAGAAUGUUAGAAGGGAUCUCAGAGCAUACAUAUUGGGAGCUGAUGCACAAAUACUGGUGCAUAAUCUUAUUAAGAAAGAAGAGAUGUGCCCUGCAUUUGCUUUUGACUACGAAGUUGAUGAAGAUGACCAGAUGAGCAGACUAUUUUGGGCAGAUCCAAUGUCAAAAAAGAAUUUUGCUGCAUUUGGAGAUGUUGUCUCUUUUGAUGCCACAUACUCAACGAACAGGUACAAUCUGGCAAUGGGUAUAGAACCAAGAAUAAUUUUCACCGAUCAAGAUCCAGCUAUGAAAGUGGCGAUUCCAACAGUUUUCAAGCAAGUCAGGCAUCGUUAUUGCAUGUGGCACAUCAUGUGUAAAGUUGGGGAAAAGGUGGGUCCUACGCUGAACAAGGAUGAGGAAUUCAGGAACAAACUGAACUCAAUCGUUUGGACGUCAUCUUUGGAACCUCUUGAUUUUGAGAAGCAGUGGAGAGAGCUCAUGGAAAAGUACAAUAGUCGAACACAAUUGGUUUACAACUAUGUUUGA